AGGCCUGACUAGUAGAGCGCCGGGCGACUCCGCGCUCUGCAGCGACGCCUGUGCAGUGGCGCUUCCGGCGCGCGGGCGGACCGAGUGCUACUUUGGUGUCCCACGCGGCCUCAGUGCACCUUUCGGGGCCUAGGGACCCCGAACGGUGGCCAUGGCCUCUCUGCGCGCCAAGGACGCCUACCUGCAGGGCCUGGCCCGGAAGAUCUGCGUCCAGCCUGGCCCGGAGCCGCGGGAGCGCCGCCCGGCUGGCAAAACUCGAGGCUCAGCAGCUGCAGGGCCCCCAAGUAAGAAGAGGAAGAAAGCACCGAAGAAGUUCCAGGAGCAGAAGGGGAAUACUACAGAGCCCAAGGCCCAGCCCCGGGGGGAGAAGUCUCCAGCAGCUACUAGGGCCAAAAAGCCAGCAGCAACAGCCAAGGAAGACAAGGCUUCCCACUCCAAGGAGGCCCCUGCAGGUGGCCCCCACACACAGCAGGAUUCUCUCUUUGCCCUGGACAUUCUGAGACAGCGGCUACAUGACAAGAUACAGGAAGCCCGCGGCCAGGGUGGCCCCAAGGAACUGUCCACUGCCGUUUUGGAGAAAAGGCGUAGGAGAAAGCUGGAGCGGGAGCGGAAAAAGAGAAAGCGAAAGGAGCUGAGAGCAAAGGAGAAAGCAGCAGAGGCCCCACAGCCACCCCCUGAGGUGCCCAGAGAGGAGACACAAGAACAGCCAGGGCUCCUGUUCAAUAAGGUGGAGGUGAGUGGGGACGAGCCCACCAGCAAGGCCCAGCGGCGGAAGGAGAAGCGGCAGAAGCUGAAGGGGAACCUGACGCCGCUGACGGGGAAGAACUACCGGCAGCUCCUGGAGCGGCUUCAGGCACGGCAGGACCAGCUGGAGGAGCUACGGGAGCGGGACGCGGCCCAGGCCCAGGAGCUGGAGACCAAGAUGAAGUGGACCAACCUGCUGUACAAGGCGGAGGGCGUGAAGAUCCGCGACGACGAGCAGCGGCUGCAGGAGGCGCUGAAGCGCAAGGAGAAGCGACGGGCACAGCGUCAGCGCCAGUGGGAGAAGCGCACGGCCCACGUGGUAGAGAAGAUGCAGCAGCGCCAAGACCGGCGGCGCCAGAACCUGCGCCAAAAGAAGGCUGCUCGGGCCGAGCGGCGCCUGGAGAAAGCCCGGAAGAAGGGCCGCAUCUUGCCCCAGGACCUAGAGCGGGCUGGCCUGGCUUGAGUGCCUCAGCCCCCUGCAGGUGGGCUGGGGAGGCCUUUCCUGGCUUUUGGGUGGGCUGUGGACCUUGUCACAUGCACCGUCCUGGCUUGUGACGGCUGAGGCCACAUUGAGACUGCUCCCGGGUCCCUCAGGCUUCAUCCCUGCUCCCAUUUCUAGGAGUGUCCUAGGUGAAGAGCAGGGUUUAGGCUGGGUACUCUCCAGGACCCUUCCCUCGUUCAGAGGGGUGGCAGGAACAGGAAAGGAGGUGGUGUUUGUCACUACCUGUGUCAGUCCCAGAUGCCCUUGGAAAGAUGAUAAAUUCAGCUUCCGUGGCUUGAACCAGGCGUGAGGUUGCUGUGCUCCAGUAACUCGGGAGUCAGAGCCCAUCAGGCCAGUUUUGGAGACUUCCUCAUGCUCUCUGCUUGUCUGGACUCCAUUCUUUUCUUUUGGGUAGUCCUGGUGUGCCGUCCCUACAGCCCCAACCUCAAAAAGGAGAAGAGUUGACUUUCUUGGAGUAUGUGCUCCUGUUUGCUCAGGCUGUGGCCAGUGACUGUCACGUGUUUGUGCCUUCAGUGGUGAAGAAAAGUGGGGUGAGAGGGAGCUUGUUACUAGAUGAGGUGCUGGACUGGGGAGGGGGACAGGAACAGCAGGUGCAAGCAGUUCAGAUGUCUUGUGUGGAUGCCUGCUACCAGAGUGGGCAAGUGGCUGGAUGUCCCUUGAUCUCACCGAGCAGCUAUUCUAAAAUGAAUACCCCCCCCCCCCCCGUAAGACGGGUAGAGUACUCCCUACGUAAAAUCGCAUUUUGGUACUUAGAAGCCCAUAGAGGCCAUGAAGGGACUCCUGUGGUCCAGGAACAACUUGUUUGUUUCCAGUUUUAGCCCUUUGUGAGCUAAGGCCAAACCCUUGCUUGGCCGCCUCCACCCGUGGCCAAGCACAGUGAGGGCUGCUGAGCAUUUGUACCCUGAUACAGCUUCUCACCAGGCAGUCUGCUUGGGAUUGCUGCAUCUGCUCUGGUCCAGGCAUCCCCGUUGCCUCUCUGAUACCCUAGUAAAAUGCUUAUGCUUCUAA